GGAACCAAACACAUACCUUUCUUCUUGGCUCGCCUUUUUGCGUUGUUUGUUCGUUGCGAUUCGUCUCGUCGUUCAUCUCCUCCACCGACGCUCCGCCGCUCCUCUUUUUCCCCUGACAGAAAAGAUUUACCAAAUUAAACUUAAUUAAAUAAAAAAUUACAAUAAAGGAAUUAAUAAUUACCACUCUAAAGAGAUUCUCUGGAAGAGCUAGGGUUUGCUCUCUGUGAGAGUUUCGCCAUGUCAUGGAAAGAAAAGGUUGCGGACAAGCUCUCUCGUCUUCUUUCUGACUCCCCUUCUCCCUCCAAUUCCCCUAGGGGGUCUCCCGUUGUUCAACCCGAACCUCAGGUCAAGCCAUUUCAUACAGAGGAUGCUUCUGAUUCACCUACGUAUAUAUCUUCAUUCUUUAAGUCGCUUCUUCCCUCGGCAAGCUUCGAUGCCACCAAAUCCAACCUGCGUCUGAAAGAGAUUAAACCAGUACGAUCACUUCCAAGUAGAUGGAAAAUGCCGAGUUUUUCCUGGAAUGAUGCACCUCUGGAUUGCCAAGAAGAGUUUAUCGGUGUAUCCGAGAGAAAGGGAAUGCCUAUAGUGUGUGAAGAAGACGAAGAUUAUGCCUCAGGAGGGGACGUUAAUGGUUUCCAUAAAAAUGAACAAGCAACUAGCGUACAUGUUCCAGUGAUUCCUGUUCCCAAUCUUAUGGAUGCACCUCUGGAUUGCCAAGGAGAGUCUAAAUUUGUAUCCGAGAGCAAGGAAAUCCCUAAAGUGUGUGAAGAAGAUGAAAACCAUGCCUCAGGACGGGACAUUAUUGGUUUCCAUAAAAAUGAAGAAGCAACUAGCGCACAUGUUCCAGUGAAUCCUGUUCCCAAACUUAUGGACAAGUCUUCAUUUAUAUCUGCUGAACUUUUUGAGUUUUUUGAGGCUUCUCUUCCUAAUAUAGUUAAGGGAUGCCAAUGGGCUUUGCUGUAUAGUAUGACAAAACACGGAUUAUCACUUCGCACACUUAUCCGUAAAAGUGCUGAUCUUCCUGGUCCUUGUCUGCUGAUUGUUGGAGAUAUGCAAGGUGCUGUUUUUGGUGGACUCCUAGAGUGCCCCUUGAAACCAACUACAACAAAAAAAUAUCAGGGAACAAACCAAACAUUUGUAUUUACUACUAUAUAUGGGCAACCAAGGCUUUUUAGGGCAACUGGUGCAAAUCGGUAUUUCUACUUGUGUUCAGAUGAUUUAUUGGCAUUAGGUGGGGGUGGAAACUUUGCUUUAUGCUUGGAUGGAGAUCUGUUACGUGGAACAAGUGGACCCUGUGAAACUUUUGGUAACUUGUGUUUAGCACAUAGUCCAGAAUUCGAAUUGAAGAAUGUUGAGUUGUGGGGAUUCACACAUUCAUCACAAUACCUUAAUCUGCGUGGAGGCUGAUACGGAGGUUUGCGUAUUUGUCAAGUUAGCUGGAGGCCUAAUGUGACUCCCCCAUUUGUAUUUUCCUCAUAUUUAUCGUAUCAUUCUUUAUUCUUUUCCUAUACUUGUUUUCCCGUGUUGAUAUUUGCAUCUUGGAAGAAUUAUGAAAGCCUCGUUCGUAUACUUGUUAGAAGAUGUAGGAAUAAAUCAGCAAAUCAUCAAAUGGCAUUGUAUUUGUAUCUUUACUUAUUUAGCAUCAUUCUCUUUGUAUCAUAUUUGAUCUGUCUGCUGCAAAGUGAAUACUACUACUACGUGAAGUACCUUGAACACUUUA